UAAUUUUUUUCCCGCGUUCAUUCUCAACCAAUCAUAUCAUAGUAUUAGUCACACGUGACAACAUGCUAGGUUGUAAUGGCUAACUCUAGGUCAUGUAGACGUAGCGGUAGAGACAAUGUUCUCACGGAUUUUUCGUUUUGGACAAAAGAAACAGCAGAAAAAAGCUCUUAUCACAGACAGUGAUGAUUACAAUUGGCUGGAGAAUUUUCAAUUUGAAGAAAGGGGGUUACCAUGCCUUGAACAAUCUCAGAUUCGUCUUUUGGUUUACAAAGACCAUGAUAAGAGAGGAGAUAAGUUGGUUUUAUUUGACUCCAAGACAGUUGUCCAGGAUGAAAAAUCACAGAAUAAAGAGGGAAGUCAAUUGCCACGAAAGCGAAUUAGCUCUGAUUCACAACUGAUUGGGGAAAUGAUAUUUGGAUCUGUUGAAAUGACAUACAAAGGACCAACUGUCAAGGCUCAUUCUAUAAGAACACCGCCACAAUUGCUGCUGACCAAAGUGUUUGCAUUAAAACCUCCACGUGCUCACAAUGGCAGUCUUAGUCAUUCUUCACAUCACUCCAAUUCUUCAUCUGAACUGAGCUCAAGUGUCAGGUUCAGUGAGUCUGUAUCAAGUGUCUCGUCAGUAACAUCACCCAUCACAAGCUCAGAUAAUGAAGAAAGCUCAGGGUAUGGCAACUCGCUUCCAGUCUCAUGCAAUAUGAUGAUGGCACGACAGUCGUUUAAACUACAAAACAUUGCUGAAGGAUUUUCAGGCUCCAUGUCAGAAGGCGCUGGUCGAUCACUGACAUUCCCGCGGGCGGCAUCAAGUAGUUACCAACGACGUUGGUGGCGAAGUCAGGUGACAAGAAUGGAUUAUGGCUGCAUGAAGAGAAAUGAUUAUUUUAAUGAAGAGAUAUCAAUGCGACUACGAAGACGACCUAAGAUUGGUAUUGGUGUUCUCUUCUCACUUUGGGAGAACAAUGGUUCUUCUAAUGAUAAUAACAGAUUGUUCAGAAACUUCGUUUUCUCUCAUUUCGCUCUUUUUGAGUCUCACAUUCAUCGGUUAAAACGAAUGGUGGAGAAAGUGUUAUUAUCGUCAGUACAAAUGACAGGAAAAUGUUUUCAAGAAAGGAUGUUGCAUGCUGCCAAUACGUUUGCUGCAAACAUCCUAGAUCUUUAUUACGCACCACGAAUUAAAAAUCCAGUAUGGUUGACAAUGCUGUCGCAACCAGAGCAAUGUAAUACAAUCUGUGAAGAUCUUGUCCCUCAAAUUGUCAACGUUAUUCAAACAUACAAUACGAAGCAGACGAACUAUUUCUUUGGUUCCCUGUUGACUGCUGUGCUGACAUAUCACGUGGCUUGGGUAACAACUGUCACGCCAUCAUGUGACGUAGCAAGAAGAGCAUAUCUUGAUAAACAUUCCUCUAACACUCUCAACAUCCUUAGUGAAUCUCAUCCGUACAAUCCACUGUGGGCUCAGUUGAGCGAACUUUAUGGUGCCUGUGGUGAGCCAACAAAAAUGACGAGAACUGUUAUCAUUGGGGAAGAUCACGACGUUGUUACAAUUAUCUUGCAUGUUCUUUCUUACUUCAUUCGCUGUAGCGAGGUGUUCGAGAAACCUUUGGAGCAAUCUCCUUGCGGUCUUUCACCGUAUCUAGAAAGUUCAGAAAAAGCAAGUAGCUCAAAGGACAUUGAGAAAGAUAUUCCAGCGAAGUGCGCUGAGAUUAAUGAAAAAUCUCAGGAGCCAAUAAUGGAGCGUUCAUUAUCUUCAAAAGAGAGGGAAGGAAAUCAAAGAAACUGUACUGAACCACUAUCUCAAAACUCAAAAAGCUUUUGGCGGGAUGCUAAGUUAGCUUGCCAUAAAAAAUGUUUCGGUGAAAAUGUCUCUGAUUGUGGGAAGCCUUCUACGAACAACUGUAAUGCAGAUUAUAUUGACUCAUGUGGUGAAGACUCUGGCAUAUGUUCUACGGAUUUAGAAAGCUCUGUUGAAUUGGUCAAGACCGAGGUCCGCCAAGGCAACGUAGCCGGACAACGGCAUUCUGAUUUGGAAAAUUGUGAUGCUAACACCAACGCUCAAAAAUCCGAGAAUUUUAAUGAUGAAGCCAACCCUGGGAUUAGUGAGAAAAGUGAAAAAGAGAACUCUCAUUCUAAUGGUAUAAAUAUUUCUAAAGUUUUGAAAGAUGAAAAAGAUUUUUUGCCAAACAUGAAGAAUAGUGUGAGCAAUUUCGUAAACAGGAAUUCUUCAUCGUUUGAUUUGGAGAUGAGCCACGUCGUGGACUGUGAAAGUUGGGAAAAAUGUUUGAAAAAUUGCCAUGAUUGUUUAAAGCAUAAAGCGACAGAAGAAAAUGAAGAAGAUCUAACAUUGACUGUUAGUCAUAAUCAUUCAGAUGAAAAACUACGGAAAGAUACUGUAAAUGAAUCUAACUGUCAAUCUAGCAUCGAUAAUAUAACAUGUGAAACCAACGCAAACAUUUGUGCAUGUAAUGACGUAAUGCAUUGGGACAAUAAAGAACAUGACGUAAUGCAUAGGGACAAUAAAGAACAUGAACUUUGGAACAACUUUUUGAAAACAUCUUUUUACAACAAGAACACUCGUAGCUUAAAUGGACGAUACUUCUCAAGGAAGAUGUCAGAAGAGGACAUUGGUUCUGGUUGUAAUUUAUAUCGAGCAUGUAGCUCAAAGAAAACGUCGGAUUAUGUUCGAGCUUCUAGGAAACUUUACGUUGACAACGAUGGGACGAUUGUGUCAAUGGACCAACAGAAGAUCACAGACUUAUUUUUCAACACAUAUCCUUUUUGUCCUCUUUGUAAUGGGCAGCUUAAUAGCUUACAUUUUAUCAAAGAAACAAAGGUUCUCGCUGACAACACCAAAGCGUGUUUAUGCAAAAAUUGUGGUAAAAUAAAGAGCUGCUCUUGUAAGGUUAUUGACAACGUUUUAUCAAAAAAUGAACGUUGUGCGUCUACGACCACCAUAAACUCAGACGGUUAUUUUAGCGGUUCAAUACAUUCUUAUGAAGUAGAAAAAGGAUCCAUGAGUAGUGUAUCAAUCGACUCUGGAUUAAAUGAACAAUGCUCUCACACAAUGGACAACGUGAAUGAGGAGUGUUUAAACGAACCCGAUGCGUUUAUGCUGUCACUGCCGGACACUAGACUUGAUAAAGACAUCACAGAAAAUGACUUAUUAAACAAAAACUCGCAAGAUUGUCAAUUAUUUAGUUUUGGACGUUCUCUUAUGGCUGGAUAUUGUGAUCAGUAUGUUCCAGACUUCGUUCUUCAUGGUACUGAUCGUUUAACAGAUGAACAGGCGAAGAAAAGCUUACAAAUAUCUUUAGAGCAACCAGUUGUAGACAGUCCUAUAUCUGAAUCUGUCAUUAUUUCUGGUGAUGUUGACAAAUGGGAAUGUACUAUAAAAACUUUACCUAGACAAAGACGAAGUGUUGGGAGUCAAUCUAACGGACUUCGUUCGAAGAAAGCGGAACGUUCAACUCUCGUUCAUGAUUUCCUUUGUUCAUUCUGUGAUUUAUGGGAACUGAACAUGCCAGCCAGUUUUUGCUUGAUGCAUCUUGAGGACAAACUUAAGGAAUUGUAUCUUCGUAGUAAGGUGGUGUCCGAGUUUUUACUCACUCAUAAAUACGUCACCAUGAGGGAUCUUGUAAACACAUUUAGUUACGGUGACGCUGAUUUGUCGCUCAUCAUGAGUAUUAUCGGCGUCCAUUCCCCCCAGGCAAUCUCAAGACUUCCAUUGUCUUCUCAAGAACAAAGAUAGCUGGAUAUGUGUCUGAUGUGAUGACGGAGAACAGUUUAUGGUCGCAAAUUACUGACACUGGAUCAAAUCAAAAGUUAUUGUGUUUCCAUUCCUACCAAUUUUCUUUAUGUGAAAAUGUGCGCUGUAUAAAUUAUUGUGGACUUUUCAAUUAUUGAAUAACUGUACAGGCCAAUAUAUUUUUGUAUUUAGAAUUCCUGUUAUUUAAUAAUAUUAAUAUAAGUAUAAUUUCAGAUAGGAAAAAUUGUAUUGAAAAAUAGUUAGUGCACAUCUUUUUGGAAGGGGAAAUAUAUACAGAGAGUUUCUAUAA